GGAAAAAAAGUACGCAACAUUUGAGAUAAAACUAUGCAGCUACAGAAGUACACUUUCCUCCCACUUGUAUUGUUUUAUCGAUGUGGUUAACAUAAUGCAUCAAAAGUGAAAGUUAGGGUGCUUUCGGCUCUAUUGCCAAAUUCUGAGUGGCAACUAUCUAUCAGCUGGGUUGCGGGUCACGUGAUCACGGCAGACAGCUUGGGCAAUUAAGAGAAGCUGAAAUCUCAAAGAGAGAGAGAGAGAGAGAGGGGAUAUACGGAGGCAAAGAAGAGAGAAAAGCAGAGAAGAAGCAAGAGCAACUUCAGAUGGAACCGAACAUAAUGCACCAAAAGUGAAAGUUAGGAUGCUUUCGGCUCUAUUGCCAAAUACUGAGUGGCAACUAUCAGCUGCUUGCGGGUCACGUGAUCACAGCAGACAGCCUGGGCAAUUAACUGAAGCUGAAAUCUCGAAGAGACGGGUAUACAGAGAGAAAGAGGAAGAGAGAGCAGAGGAGCAGAAAGAGCAACUUAGAUGGGAACCGAACAAACCGCAUUUCAGGUCUAAUUGCUGCUUUACUAAAUGCCAAAAAAAGACACGGAUAUAUCGUGCGGUCGCCGUUGUCACCGUUAACCAUGCGACAUUAUUUACCAACGAGAAGUACCCUCGAUUCUUCUGUGUAAUAAUAAAGAAGAAUGGGGAAUUAUUUCUCUCGUAUGGGAUGUUGUCAUGCUGAUGACGAUGAACGCGGUGACUUUUCAAAAGCAGCGGCGAAGCCCCUGGAGGAGAAGACACCGAUCGCUGCUUCGUUAAAACCCCACGAUCUCCAUAUUAUUGAAAGACAGCCUGAAUCGAGUAAUGAAGAAAAGACGCACAGUUUUGAGAAAAUUAACGUGCUCCUUGCUUCGCCGACAAAAAUUUGUGCACAUUCUAAUAAAAACUCCAAUGCAAAUCCACUAAUUCAUCCGGUCUACACGAAACCUCCAACUGCUAUUGCAGGAUAUAGCGAGGAUCCUAUGAUAAAAGAACUGAAAGAACGAUUUAAAAACAGAUCUCUUUCCAAGCACAUGUCCAUCGAGGAUGGCAGCCCUGAUAUCAAUGACCGUCAACCAAUCCUUUCGAAAAAGUGUGGUGGAACACCAUUGAAAGCUUAUGUAUCUUAUACAACUGAACAAUUAGACCAACCAGAUUUCAUUAGAGAAAAGAUACCAAAUGAUGAAUUUUGUACCCGUUUUGCCAGAGAGGAGACCCCUCCUUUUAUCGAAGUAAGGUUGUCACCUGUUAUUGAACUUACUCCCACAGUUGCUAAAAUAAUAGAAACGAAGCCGGAAGUCUCACAAAACUGUGUCUGUUUAGAACAGCCCAAACGUCUCAACACUGCCAAUGUUGAUCCACCAGAGGAGAUUCAUGAAUCAGUCCUUGUUGACAUUGCAAACGGAAGUGUCCUGGAUAGUCUCCGAAAUCAAUCUUUCAAUGUUAAAGAAGACGAAACCAAUGAUAAACCCAAGGUAUUAGAUUAUAUUAACGAGGGUUUUAAACAUAGCUCUGGCUCACUGCAUAAAGAAGAGAAGACAAUUAUUGAAAGAGAUUCAAAUGGAGGUUAUAAGGUUUUCAAGGAAUGCAUUGUUUCUACUUUGGUACACAACAAUGAAGCAUUUACAGACAGUUCUCAGUCCCUGACAGAUAAAUGGGAUAUGACUCCAGGUUAUGAUGAUUAUCCAUAUCACAAAUCAGCUAAUAAUAGAAGCGAACCAAAAUUCCAAAUCAGCACAGACAGUUCUUAUACAGCAUUAGAUGAAGACAAAAUGGUCCAAGUGCGUGUUGUGGACAAUCCACUUUCAGAGGAAUCUUAUGAUCUUUGUUCUUUUGAAGGCUAUCAUAAUGUCCCAGAAAAACAACAAUUACUUCCUCAAGACUCACGUACUUACCUUUGGGAAGAUGAUGAUGAACAUGAUGCUGAUGAUGAAGAAACAUUCCUUGAGUCUACACCACCUAUACAAAGUAAAAGAAAUUGCCAGCUAUCUACUGAUUCAGAAACUGUGUGUUCUACAGACCUUUUCCUUCCUGAUUCUGACAGUUCCCAUGAUUCCCCGACACCAGAGAAUAAAUUGAUGGAAUUUUCUUCUCCCACAAAUAUAUCAGAUUUUGCAGAUAAGACUGUGUCAACCUGCAUUGACAAUGCUCAAAAAUGUAUUUCUCAAAAUGAAACAACCCAAGAAAGUUUCAGAGAAUAUCCACUGAAAUCCUUUGGAAAAUAUAUUCUUGAUAAAAAAGUGUCAUUUGAAGAUGAACUAGUAAAUAAUAAUGCUUCUACUAAUUUUGACACCACAUCUGAUUCAGUUGACCUGCCCCCCGAAGAACAGAUCCAGAGAGAGACAUCAUUUGAAAAUGAUGCCCCAUCUUUUUCACCCAGUGAAUGCUCUUCUUCUACAUUUCCAUAUGAUAAUGAUGGAGAUGUAGAAAAAACACAGGAUGACAGAAAAGAUAGUCAAAAUGGAAACCAUUUAAACAGAGCUACACCGGAUAAUAACGAUCAGCAAGAAAAUGAAAACGAUAACGAAUUUCCGUCCCCUCCUGAGGAAUUUCUUGAAUUUCGAGAACUUCUUGAAAAAGAAGGAUUCAGCAAGGAAGAAUUUAUGAGUGUCAGUGAAACAGGAGGUGAAUUAUUGGAUCUGCAUGAAGAAAAUAUUUAUUUCCAGAGAGAUGGUUCUCAUUCUUUAGAUAUUAGUGAAGAUACUAAUUUGCUUGCAAAUCUGAAUGAGUCGCAUUUCCUGGAAGAAGCAAUAUCUCAUUCAUCUGGUUACGAUGAUCGUUCCGUAGAGAAUGAGCGAAUUUCCCUCCUAGACAACAAUGAACACCUUCUUGCAUCUUAUGACAGUGAUUCCUUCCAGCAUGGAGGACAUGUUUCAUAUGAUAAUGAUUUAUUAGAUCAAUCAAUUACAAGUGAUUAUUAUUCAUCUGGUGAUAGAGAUCAACAUUUUUCUGAAUUUUCUCAGUUCUCUUUGAAAGGCAAUGAAAAAAGAUUUGCAGUUUUAGAAGGAUCCAGUGGUCACAGUAGCCAAGACGAGGUAACAGAGGGUGAUGUUAAAACUGGCACAACACAUUCAUCAUUUAAAAAGAAACCUCAAACACCACACUCAGCUCCAAUAAUUAACAGGAGUGGAUCCUUUGAAUUUGAAGACAUUGCUAAAGAUUUAUCGACAUUUAAAAGAGACAUUUCCCUCAAUAGUGAUACUGAUGCCUCAUGUUCAUCACCUGUAUCAGACGUAAGAGUUGAUUUGUUGAGUAAAGUCAGGCACCCUUCAUCUCAGAAACAAAAUAAUUCAAAUAAUGAAAGCAAAACUGAAACCAAAUUACCUCGAAUGAUGUCACAUGAACUUGAAUGUUUCAGCUUAAGUGAUCCUGAAGAGAAAAAAAUGAUACUUGAACCUGAUUUUGGUUAUCCUAUUACCAAAACUGAUGCAUUACAAAGGCAAGAAUCAGAGCCAGAGAAAGGACCAACAAAAGAAAUUUCUGAAGCAAAGUCUGACAUUGAAUUACCAAGCGAUGAAACCACAGACAAUAUCAAACAUGAAUUUACUGAAGAAAAUAUUGUAGCUUCAUCAAGGGAUUCUACCAGUGAUCCUUCAUGUAUACAACUUCAGGAUCCAACAACUGAAAGCACACUGUCAGAAAACAAAGACAAAGAGGCUGAAGACAGUAGUUGUUCAAUAGAUAAAAGUUCCAAAAUUAAAGAGGUUUUAGAAACAAAAGAAAUUCUUGCUAAAUCUUUGAAAGAAAAUGAAAAUCAAAUUGAAACUGAUGACAAUGAACCUUUGCCAUCACCAAAGCUUAGACGUCAGUCAACCUUGAAAACUAGUGAAAUGUUUUCGAUGGCUUUGAUGGAGGAAUUACAGGAAGAACUCAGCUCAGAUGCUCAAGCAGAUCGAUCCAAAUGUUCCAUCAGUUCAGAUAUUCCAAAGAUUGUAAUGACAUCACCAAAUGGAUCCACAACAUCAUCAUCAUCACCUAGAAGUUCUCAGAUAGAUUUGUCCAGUUCAACUGAUAAAGAGGCGCCGGCAACUCAACAAAUCUUUUCUCUACGCUUCCGUCAACCAGCUGCUGACUAUGUCACAUUUCGCAACAGACUUGAAACGACAUAUGUUUCACUUGAAAAUGUUCUCCUUCGAAAUAACAUAAUUCUUGGAACUGUGAAAAUAAAACCAAUGGGGAAUAAGAAAUCUGUUUUUCUCCGUUGCUCAUUUAAUCUUUGGGAGACAGCCGUAGAUAUUCCUGCCACACAUACUCCUAGCAGCUUCCCGAAUCAAUAUGAAACUUUUAGCUUUGCCUUAACCAUGCCAGUGUCCUUCGAAGAAAUCAUGCAUGUUGUUUUUGCAGUUUGCUACAAAAGUGAUGAUCAGACUUAUUGGGACAACAAUGACAAUAAAAACUAUGAAAUAGUAUCAACCCAUACUAUUCAGCAAGAAAUGCUUUCCAAAUUCCGUUCAAGUGAAACUGAAGCUGUGUUACCAAAAUGCUACCCAAGUGUGUUGAAGAAAGGUGUGACAUCUUUCUCAGGUAAUUCCUCUUGGGAUGUGGCUUCAUCUAUAAAAGAAACCAAACAUAUUAGAAAAUCAGCUAUUUGCUUGAAUGUUUCUAAACCUGCUGCUGAUUAUGUCACUUUUAAAAGCCGCCUUGAGAGAGACUUUGUAGCUUUAGAACACGUUUUUAAUAAGGACUUCAUGUUAACUGGUAGCAUCAAAGUUAAAAAUUUAAAUGUAAAGAAAACCGUAUUUAUACGGUGCAGUUUUGAUGGAUGGAAGACUUGCAUAGAUGUACCUGCUAGCUUGUCUAAUACAGAAUACACAUAUCCAUAUGAAACGUACACCUUUGAAAUGAAUGUACCGACAGUUUUUAAUACUAAAAUGCAGUUUGCGGUUUGUUAUCAAGCUGGUGAUAAUGUCUUUUGGGACAAUAACGGUGAUAAAAACUAUCAAAUUUGUUUUUUCGAUAUGUAUGCUAAAAUGCAAGUUGACCCCUGGAAAGGACAGUAGGUUGUUAAUUUAUUUUAUUUAGAAUCACAUUCUUAAUUUAUCUUGGUUAUAGGGGCCCAAUACAUUAAACAUGAAAGGAAAAAAAAAGACAUUUUCUUUCAAACUAGAAGAAAACAAAGCCAUAACAAAAACUAUAUAUAUUGCUUGCUUUUUUUUUUUUUUUUUUUUGAAUAAUUAAGAUUAUGUUUAUUAUUAAAAGUUUAUUUUUUGCAAACUAUCUGUGAUUAUGUAACUUAUGUAAACCUAGUAUAUUAGCACCAAACAGACGUUUAAAGCAGCUUCACCAUUGUUACCGAAAUAAUAUUUCUCCCAUCCCACCACAAAUUCUUUUACAUAUUUUUUUUUUCACAUUUUGAAUAUUUAUUUCUUUUUGUGCUGUUUCAAUCCCUGUUGCUUUACUUGAUUCAACUCUCUGCAAAACACAAACGUUUUAUAACGUUGAGAUGCAACAACAGUAAGAGAAGUGAUCUGUGAUUCUUACAGAUUCAAUCAAUCAAGUUUUAUUCAUAGCUACCUCUAAAGUCUACAUUUAAUCUUUCAUUUAAUUUUCAAUUAUUAUAUACCUUUGGAUUAUUGCAUAUCCUAGAAUAACACCAAUUGUUCUUUUAUUGAUAUACUAUUUCAACGAAAUGUGCAAAAUGGAUAAGAAAAAAACAAAAACAAGUAAAUUAAGUUAUCUUUGAAAUUGCCUAAACCAGAAUGCUAUUUUGUGAUCCAAAUUUCAAACAGAAGUCUUGUUUCUUCUUUUAAUAAAAACCAUUUUGAGCAUAUCACUAAACGAAAAUCAAAACAAAGAAAAUUUGCUAAACUUGUUAAAUGGUAAAAAUAAAAUAAUGACGGUAAACCCCUUUCCAGAAUUAUUUGGCUCAUGGAUAAAAAUAAUUAAAAUAACUAAUUGUUUUACAAUUAAAAGAUUGCUGGAUUUAUACAGCAUUUAUACAGGAAUAUUAAUAAUGUCUCACGAAAGCGAAUAACCAAUCAUUCUUGAUUAAUACUAAUUAAUUACUCUAUUACAGACCCAAACAGUGAAAAAUGAAUCAAUAAUAAUAAUAAUAAUAAUAAUAAUAAUAAAAACAUGGAAUUUUUGUGGACAAAUAACUUCUGCACAGAAAAAGCUCUCACCUAUAUAUAUAUAUAUAUGCAAACACACAUAUGUAUGUAUAUAUUCUAUAUACCAGGGUAUGUUCAAAUAGUUCACAUAUUUCAUCAGUAAGAAUGCCUUCUUUGAAAUAUUUUUGCGAUUCUUUUAGGGGAACAAACAAGAAAUGAUAGACGAACAUAAAAUCAAAUCCCGUUCAACUGAAUAAAUGAUGUAAAUAAUCAGCAAAUAAAGUGUAGCCAUUCUGGAGUAAAAUAUAAUUUCUGUCAUGAAGGGAAAAAGGUGAAAAUUCUCUUUAGAAGCUGCUCCUGUCAGAGAAACGAAAAUUUCAAACCAAGAGUAGCAACUCCUGCCAAUAAUGAUUUAAUUGCUGAGUUUAAAUCGAGUGAACGAUAAAAACUUCAAUGGAAGUUAAGGUAAACAGCACAAAAUGUCAUUUAAAUUAUGUGUGAUUAUGUGUGUAUAUACAUACAUAUAUGCAUUACAUAGAUAUAUGUGUGUGUAUGUGUAUGUAUGUGUGUAUAUAUAUAUAUAUAUAAAUAUAUAUAUAUAUAUAUAUAUAUACACACACACGUGUAUGUAUAUAAAUAUAUGUAUGUAUAAGUAUGUGUAUAUAACUAUGUAUAUAAGAAAAACAAUAAUACAUAAUAUAAACACCACUCAUCUAUUAAUCUACUGAGCAGGAGUGAUAUAACUGCAUCAAGGUUUCAAAACUGAGUUCUUGCAACUUACCAAUGCAAAAAAAAAAAAAAAGAAAAGAAAAGAAAGAAAAA